UCGAUCCUCGCUCCUCAGAGCCGCAAUUUGCGCUUUGGGACGGCCGGCAAUAUGGUGGACCGAAAGUACUUCCGGUUCGAGCGAGGAGCGAGGAAACGACAAUUUUGAGAAAUGAGAUCCACCCAUUCAUUACUAAAAAGUGAGCGGAAGAGCUGCUUUGUGUGAUUUUCCUCGUCUCUCUCUCACCAUGAUUCCCCUCAUUGAAGGUAAUUAAUGUACACAAAGCACUGUAAACGUGUUACCCAUGCUUUUAUAUGUGUCUUGUGAUACUGUAUGUGAGAGAAAAGUUAUGUUUUAAGAGUGAAAGAGUUUCUUUUUGUUGCCUGUAAGCUAGCUCCUGGAGACCGUGUGGCGGCGCGGCCGUAGUCUGUCAGCUUCAGCAACUUCGCCUUCUGAGCUACUUACUGUUGUGUGUUUAGCCUACUUGCUCUGCUGUAAUGUAUUAGAGUUUAUAAGAUUGGAUGUGACAUUUCAUAAGUUAAAGGUGAUUUGAAUAAUUAAGAAAAUAAGUUUAAAACAUUUCAUUGUACAUUGGUUAUAUAAUUUAGUUGAAAAAAAGACAUUGUGAAUAAUUUAAAAAGUGUUAAAAACUUAUUUUGUGAGGACAUGCCUUCCUGAUAUUGAAGGUGAUUGAAUGAGUUUUGUUUCAAUGAUAUCAAACAAUUCAUUACUAAAGAGUGAGCGCAAGAGUUUUUCCUCGUCUCUCUUACCAUUAUUCCCCUUAUUGAAGGGCACAACACAGGCCCACAUUCAACACACAGAAGAACUUUUCAUCUGUAACUUCAGCUCAUUCUUUCUGUACAUGUGAAUAAAUGAAUGUGUUGAAUUGUAAUGUUGUCUAUUGUUCAGGCUCCAAGAAUAAAUGUCCAGUUAACAGAUGUGGUUGGAGUCAAACUCUGCCUCCGCUUCCGGGGUUGGAAGUUUACUUUCACUUUCACUUCUGAUGUGACGCAGAUUAUUUUCUCCAUCUCAACCUGCAGCUGAAGAUCAAAGUGUGUGUGAGCUGAUGUGAGUUGAGCAGCAUGAAUCCAUGUGAGGACAGAGAGGAGGGAGUCCGUCCCUCUGAAAGCAGUCUGUGUGGGGGACAUGACGGCCAGACCAAAGCUCAGAGGCCAGAGCAUCAGGACACACCAGACUCUGCUGGACCUGGAACUGAACCUGGACCUGAACCCAGCUGUGUGUCCUUCAGGAGUGACCGGUCAAUGGAUGGCCUCAUUGACUUUAAACAACAACAUUUCUCUGACAGACAGAUCUCUGGGAGACCAGCCUCUGCUGAACUUUGGCCUGGACCUGAACCCAGCUGUGUGUCCUUCAGGAGUGACCGGUCAAUGGGUCGACUCAUUGACUUUAAACAACAACAUUUAUCUGACAGACAGAUCUCUGGGAGACCAGCCUCUGCUGAACUUUGGCCUGGACCUGAACCCAGCUGUGUGUCCUUCAGGAGUGACCGGUCAAUAGGUCGACUCAUUGACUUUAAACAACAACAUUUAUCUGACAGACAGAUCUCUGGGAGACCAGCCUCUGCUAGACCUGAACCUGAACCCAGCUGUGUGUCCAUCAGGAGUGACCGGUCAAUGGAUCAUCUCAUUGAGUUUAAACAGCAACAUUUAUCUGACAGACAAGUGGACCAGGAGAGCUCAGAGGUUCCCAGUGGUCAGUCUGCCCAGCAGCAUCAGACUAACCUGGACUCCAUAUUUAUGCUGCUGGAGGAGAACAUUGUCACUUUUGUGAAGAACGAGCUGAAGAAGAUCCAGAAGGUUCUGAGUUCAGAUUACCCAGAAUGCUUAGAGAGUCAGAGGGAGGAUGAGGAGGUGUUGGACGAUGAGGAUGAAGAGCAGAGGAGCAGCAAAGAGGCAUUUCUGAAGAUCACACAGCACUUCCUGAGAAGAAUGAAGGAGGAGGAUCUGGCUGACCGUCUGCAGAGCAAACAUCUUGCUGCAGUUUGUCAGCAUCAACUUAAAUCCAACCUGAAGGAGAAGUUCCAGUGUGUGUUUGAGGGGAUUGCUAAAGCAGGAAACCGGACCCUUCUGAAUCAGAUCUACACAGAGCUCUUCAUCACAGAGGGGGGGACUGGAGAGGUCAAUGAUGAACAUGAGGUCAGACAGAUUGAAACAGCAUCCAGGAAACCACACAGACCAGAAACAACAAUCAGACAUGAAGACAUCUUCAAACCCUCACCUGGAAGAGAUGAACCAAUCAGAACAGUGAUGACGAAGGGCGUGGCUGGCAUUGGGAAAACAAUCUUAACACAGAAACUCACUCUGGACUGGGCUGAAGACAAAGCCAACCAGGACAUACACUUCAUGUUUCCAUUCACUUUCAGAGAGCUGAACGUGCUGAAAGAGAAAAGGUUUAGUUUAGUGGAACUUGUUCAUCAAUUCUUUCCUGAAACCAAAGAAGCAGGAAUCUGCAGGUUUGAGGAGUUCCAGGUUGUGUUCAUCUUUGAUGGUCUGGAUGAGUGUCGACUUCCUCUGGACUUCCGCAACAAUGAGAUCCUGACUGAUGUUACAGAGUCCACCUCGGUGGAUGUGCUGCUGACAAACCUCAUCAGGAGGAAACUGCUUCCCUCUGCUCGCCUCUGGAUAACCACACGACCUGCAGCAGCCAAUCAGAUCCCUCCUGAGUGUGUUGACAUGGUGACAGAGGUCAGAGGGUUCACUGACCCACAGAAGGAGGAGUACUUCAGGAAGAGAUUCAGAGAUGAAGACCAGGCCAACAGAAUCAUCUCCCACAUCAAGACAUCACGAAGCCUCCACAUCAUGUGCCACAUCCCGGUCUUCUGCUGGAUCACUGCCACAGUCCUGGAGGAUGUGAUGAAGACCAGAGAGGGAGGAGAGCUGCCCAAGACCCUGACUCAGAUGUACAUCCACUUCCUGGUGGUUCAGUGUAAACUGAAGAAUGUCAAGUAUGAUGGAGGAGCUGAGUCAGAUCCACAGCGGACUCCAGAGAGCAGGAAGAUGAUUGAGUCUCUGGGAAAACUGUCUUUUGAGCAGCUGCAGAAAGGAAACCUGAUCUUCUAUGAAUCAGACCUGACAGAGUGUGGCAUCGAUAUCAGAGCAGCCUCAGUGUACUCAGGAGUGUUCACACAGAUCUUUAAAGAGGAGAGAGGACUGUACCAGGACAAGGUUUUCUGCUUCGUCCAUCUGAGUGUUCAGGAGUUUCUGGCUGCUCUUCAUGUCCAUCGGAUCUUCAUCAUCUCUGGAGUCAAUCUGCUGUCAGAGGAACAAAAAAACCAGUGGUCUAAAGUAUUCAGAGAUGAUCUUGAAUCAACACAUCUCUACCAAAGAGCUGUGGACAAGGCCUUACAGAGUCCAAAUGGACACCUGGACUUGUUCCUCCGAUUCCUCCUGGGUCUUUCACUGCAGACCAAUCAGACUCUCCUUCGAGGCCUGCUGACACAAAAAAGAAACAGCUCAAAAACCAAUCAGGCAACAGCCGAGUACAUCAAGAAGAAGAUUGAGGAGGCUCCCUCUCCAGAGAAAAGCAUCAAUCUGUUCCACUGUCUGAAUGAACUGAACGAUCGUUCUCUGGUGAAUCAGAUCCAACAGUCCCUGAGUUCAGGAAGACUCUCCACAGAUGAACUGUCUCCUGCUCAGUGGUCAGCUCUGGUCUUCAUCUUACUGUCAUCAGAAAAAGAUCUGGAUGUGUUUGACCUGAAGAAAUUCUCUGCUUCAGAGGAGGCUCUUCUGAAGCUGCUGCCAGUGGUCAAAGCCUCCAACAAAGCUCUACUGAGCGGCUGUAACCUCUCAGAGAGAAGCUGUGAAGUUCUGUCCUCAGUUCUCAGCUCCCAGUCCUCCAGUCUGAGAGAGCUGGACCUGAGUAACAACAACCUGCAGGAUUCAGGAGUGAAGCUGCUGUCUGCUGGACUGCAGAGUCCACACUGUGAACUGGAAACUCUCAGACUGAGCGGCUGUAACCUCUCAGAGAGAAGCUGUGAAGUUCUGUCCUCAGUUCUCAGCUCCCAGUCCUCCAGUCUGAGAGAGCUGGACCUGAGUAACAACAACCUGCAGGAUUCAGGAGUGAAGCUGCUGUCUGCUGGACUGCAGAGUCCACACUGUGAACUGGAAACUCUCAGACUGAGCGGCUGUAACCUCUCAGAGAGAAGCUGUGAAGUUCUGUCCUCAGUUCUCAGCUCCCAGUCCUCCAGUCUGAGAGAGCUGGACCUGAGUAACAACAACCUGCAGGAUUCAGGAGUGAAGCUGCUGUCUGCUGGACUGGAGAGUCCACACUGUGAACUGGAAACUCUCAGGCUGUCAGGCUGUCUGAUCACACAGGAAGGUUGUGCUUCUCUGGCCUCAGCUUUGAGAUCCAACCCCUCUCAUCUGAGAGAGCUGGACCUGAGCUACAAUCAUCCAGGAGACUCAGGAGUGAAGCUGCUGUCUGCUGGACUGGAGGAUCCACACUGGAGCCUGAAGACUCUCAGGGUGGAGCCUGCUGGAGUCCGAUGGUUGAGACCAGGUCUGAGAAAGUAUUCCUGUGAACUCACAAUCGACACGAACACAGUACACAGAAAGAUCAAACUGUCUGACAACAACAGGAAGGCGACAUGUGGGGAGGAGCAUCAGUCAUAUCCUGAUCAUCCAGACAGGUUUGACUGGUGGCCUCAGCUGCUGUGUGGAACUGGUCUGACUGGUCGCUGUUACUGGGAGGUCGAGUGGAGACGAUUUGCUUCUGUAUCAGUGAGUUACAGAAGAAUCAAAAGGAAAGGAAGAAGUGAAGACUGUGUGUUUGGACGGAAUGAUCAGUCCUGGAGUCUGUUCUGCUCUGUUUUUGGUCAUUACUCUGUCUGUCACAAUGACAGAGAAACAUCCUCCUCCUCCUCCUCCUCCUCCUCCUCCUCCAUCUCUAACAGAGUAGGAGUGUAUGUGGACUAUCCUGCUGGCACUCUGUCCUUCUACAGAGUCUCCUCUGACACACUGAUCCACCUCCACACCUUCAACACCACAUUCACUGAACCUCUUUAUCCUGGCUUUCGGUUCUGGUCCUGGUCUGCUUCCUCAGUGUCUCUGUGUUCUAUGUAGGAUGAAGAAACUCCUCCAGUUAGAGAAACAUUCUCACUGCUGAACAGAUCAGUUGAGUCUGUGCAGGAUCAGUCACUGAAAUCUUUAAGUUCAUGAUCAUAAAUGAAUCAUUGAACUUUGUACAAAAUGAUUCAAAGUGAUUGAAAAUAUUCCUCAUUUACAUUGUGACCUUCUUCCACUUCCAGUCCUUUAAAGAUGGAAGCUGUGAUCAUUAAAUUGUGGACAUGCUGCAGAUUUCUACCCUCUGCUGUGUGUUGUUUUGAAUUGUGGCUCUUGUUCCAAUAAAAGCUGAAUGUUACUGUGA